AUGCCCGCAGGUGGACCGAAGUUAAAACGUGACAACUCGGAGCUCCGAGCGUUGGACAAAAAUGGCCAGGUUUUCAAAGGAUUUUACGUCUGGUGCUCGCAAGCGCCCGCCGUGCAGGAAGACCCGGACCUGAUGUUUGCGCGCUGUCUGGUGCUGCCAGGCUCGACGAACGAACAUUUCAAACUGCGGCAAGUGGAGCCGGAAGAUCUGAACGGUGCAACGUUCGAGAGCGACGCGGAGCACGUGUACAACUGCAAUGCCGGCAUCGACCCGCUCUCGUACCCAGACAUCGGUAUGCUGCCGCACACGAACAACGCGUCGGUCAUCGACUUCAUUCGGCAACGCUACCUGAAAGGCCAAAUCUACGUCAACGCCGAGCCGCUGCUGCUGUCCGUGAAUCCGUUCAAGGAGCUAAACAACACGACGCAGCAGAUCAUCGACCAGUACAUCGCGGCUAACGACAUCGGGCAGUUACCGCCGCACGUGUUCACGAUCGCGCGGCGUGCGUUCGACAGUCUGCACGGCAUCAACAAGAGCCAGACUAUUAUUGUGUCCGGCGAGUCGGGCGCGGGCAAGACCGAGGCAGCAAAGCAAGUGAUGAAGUACUUUGCGACGAGCAGCAGCGGCCGGCGCAACUCGCUCGUGCAGGACGCGGUGCUGGCCGGCAACCCGGUGCUCGAGGCGUUUGGAAACGCAAAGACGCUGCGCAACGACAACAGUUCGCGCUUCGGCCGCUUCAUGCAGAUGGAGAUCGGAAAAAACGGCGGGAUCGAGAGCGGGCUCGUGCGCUGCUUUUUGCUCGAAAAAAGCCGAAUCAUCAGCCAGAGUGCCGGCGAGCGCUCUUACCACAUCUUCUAUCAGAUGCUCAGCGGGCUGAGCGCAGAAGAGAAGAAGAAGUACGGGAUUCAGACGCAUUACAACUACCUGAAGGCCGGCGCGCUGAAGGUGCCGAGCAUUGACGACAAGGCAGACUUCCAGGAGGUACGUAACUCGCUGAAAGUUAUGGGCGUGACGGACGCGGAGUUCGACGGCAUCAUGAAGUGCCUCUCCGCCGUCCUGCUCAUGGGCAACGUCGAAAUCGUUGCGGAGCGCCGCGAAGGGUUGCCGAACGCGGCGGCGAUCAAGCAGCUCGACAAUCUGCACCUGCUGAGCAAUCUGAUCGAGAUCGACAGCGCGGACCUGCUGAACGCACUGACGGUCAAAACUUUCGCGGCAGGCGGCGCGGGCAAAACGGUGAAGGGUGUGUACACUGCGAGCGAAGCGGUGGUCGUCCGCGACUCCAUGGCCAAGGCGAUGUACCAGAACUUGUUCAACUGGAUCAUCGCGAAGCUGAACAAGAAGAUCGCGCCGGCGAACGGCUUCCGUAGCUUCGUCGCAAUUCUAGACAUUUUCGGCUUCGAAGUGUUCGACAACAACAGCCUCGAGCAGUUUUUCAUCAACAUUACGAACGAGAUGCUGCAGAAAAACUUCGUGGACGUCGUCUUCGAGAAAGAAACGGCGCUGUACAAAGAAGAGGGCAUUUCGCAGGCGAACCUCGUGUGGACGUCGAACGACCCGAUCAUUGAGCUGCUCACCAAAAAAGGGGGCUCGAUCAUCAGCUACCUCGAAGACGCGUGCGUCGCGCCCGCCUCGGACGACGCAAAGUUUGUGCACUCCUGCCACGUAGGCCUCGGCUCGAACCCGAACUACAGCAAGCCGAAGGUCGGUAGCGACUGCAACUUCGUGAUCACGCACACUAUCGGCGACAUCCAAUACAACGCGCAGGCGUUUCUCGCGAAGAACCGCGACAUUUUAAAGAACGAACUGGUCGACGUGUUGAAGCGCAGCAAACUGAAUCUGCUGAAGGAGGCGUUCGACAGCGUCUCUGUCGUCUCCGGAAAAAUUGGCAAAGACCAGUUGAUCAGCUCGACGUUCCUGAAAGAGCUGAAGACGCUGAUCGGGAUCAUCAACGAGACUGAGACGCACUUCAUCCGCUGUCUCAAGCCGAACGAAGAGAAGGCGGCGCUCAAGUACGUGCCGAGCAAGGUGCUCGUCCAGCUGUACAGCCUGUCGAUUCUCGAGGCGCUGCAGCUGCGCAACCUGGGCUACAGCUAUCGCCGGCUCUUCGAAGAGUUCUGCGCGCAGUUCAAGUUCCUCGGACUCGGAAUCGCCGAAGACAAGACGCUCACGCACCGCGAAGCGGCUACGCAACUGCUGAAGAAAAGCAACGUGCCGCCCUCCGACUUCCAGCUGGGCAAAACGAUGGUGUUCCUCAAGAACUCUGCGCUGAAGGACCUGAAUCUGCGCCAGCGCGAACUGUUGGCGGUCUGGUCCCCGCUGGUCAGCGUUCUGGAAAACAUGUACAAGACCUACAAGUUCCGCAGAAUGGUCCGCCUGAACACGCCGGGGCUCGUCCGGCUGCAAGCGCACAUCCGCUCGUUCAACGCGCGCAACCACUAG